AUGAAUGAUUGGGAUUCAGACGAUAUACAAUACAUACGAAGUAGUUUUAAACUUUUUUCUGAGUUGAAAUGUCUUUCCUUAAUUGACAGAGAGCAGUGUUUGAAAAUAUUCCGAUUGGCGUCUUUUUUGGAAGCGGUUUCUUUGAUUUCGUUCUCCUGUGCAUCAACUCGAGAUAUUCGGACAGAGCUAUGCGAUAAAUUGAUGACAAUCAUGAGAUGCAAACAGAUGACAAGUAAUUUUGAAAAGAAGUAUUCUCGUCAUCUAAUUUUUCUGGAAACCGUCUGUGAACGACCUCAUCGUCUGAAAAAAUUCAGAAAAAAGUCAAGCAGAUAUCUGAAGAAUUUGAGCAGCAAACUAAGAAAACGAGCUGUUCCGUUAUUGGAAAGUUUUAUAGAAAACAUGUAA